AGCUGCUACAGAUCACAGGAAGAGCAUAUGUGAAUUGUGCUUCUCGGCAGCUAUUUUGGUUUGAGCCUAACAGAAAUGAGUGGGAAAGAGAGAGAGAGAGAGAGAGAUGUCCUCAUCACGACACUGCCAAGAAAGCUGAGUCAUGUAAGACGAGAGGGAAAAAAAAGGCACCACACUGAAUAUUAAAAAUGAAUAAGACAGGAUGAUUUUUAAACAUAAUGAGCGAGAGGUGUGAGGAAUAUCUAAAAGCAUCUGUCGGGUAUCAGCGAAGGUUUGUUGGCAGUGACUUUAGAUGAAGGCAGAUAAAGAAAGCUGUGAUAGAGCGAGGUUUAACAUGAAUGAAUGAACGAAGCAGGAUCUCUGCCGGUUAAUGUGAGGAGGCGGAGGAGAGAUGACAAGCGUGACGAGUCGGUGGAGGAGAGAGGUGGGGGGUUGGGGGUGAUAACGUGGCAAAAGAUGGGUGAGGCUGUGUCAUUGUCAGGAGAGCUCGGAUACGUAUAUGUGGACACACUGUGUGUACACACGCGCGCGCGCGCACACACACACACACACAGAGGCAGAGAAAGACUGGUGCAGCAACAGGAACCACAUGAGCAGUGGGAGGAGUCGCGAGAGGAGAGGCUUCACGGCGAAUAAAACUCCACGCCCCUCUCUCUGCCGAGCAUCCAUUUACUGAGAGGCUGAUGUCUGCUGCUGGAUGCGUACAGACUCAGCAGUAACAGAAGUGGAGGGGGGAGAGAAAAAAACCCUACAGUUGAUGUGCUGUAGAGGUCUGGUGGAUCUGGAUUACAGCACCGUGAAGUAGUGUUUGAGCAGGCGCUGGAGCAUUUCUGAAGAGGUUUGUUGCAUCAUUCUUGCCAGAAAUGUCCACAGUGGAUAUCUUUAACCUCGCAGGGAAGGAGUAUUUAUAACAAAUCUGACUGAAGCUGCUGCUUGCUGUGUGAAAACUGUCAGAGGAGGAUCUGGAGAAUUUCACACGCUGAAACACCUUUCCACUUCAUCUGUCCAGGAUCCCACAGGUUGCUCUCUCACGCUUUGGUCCAGACUAAGUUUCAAACAUGACCACUAUGCAAAAGCUGCUGCAGCUGCCGGUGAACGCGGUGAACAUCGUGAAGACGGUGCAGAGUCAGGUCCAGGGCCAGGAGGAGGACAAGAGCCCAGUGCUGACCCCUGACAGCGGGCAGCAGGCCUGGUACAGCGCCCUGCAGCCCGAUGAGCUGCGCCACCUCCGAUCUGGAGGUACAGGUGGAGGUGGUGGUGGAGGAGGAGGAGGUGGAGAUCAGGAGGAACGAGCAACACUGGAGGAAGGUAGUGGCGGCAACGGUGGUGGCAGUUUCCAAAGUCAACCUUUGCGACAUGACGACUUGAAGGAGAUGCUGGACAGCAACAAAGACUCCCUGAAGCUGGAGGCAAUGAAGCGGAUCGUGGCUAUGAUCGCUCGAGGUAAAAACGCAUCAGAUCUCUUCCCUGCUGUGGUGAAAAAUGUGGCCUGUAAAAAUAUAGAGGUGAAAAAGCUGGUCUAUGUGUAUUUGGUGCGUUAUGCCGAGGAGCAGCAGGAUCUCGCUCUGCUCUCCAUCUCCACGUUUCAGCGAGGCCUAAAGGAUCCAAACCAGCUGAUCAGAGCCAGCGCCUUGCGAGUCCUCUCCAGCAUCCGAGUCACCAUCAUCGUCCCCAUAAUGAUGCUGGCCAUCAAAGAAGCCGCCUCGGAUAUGUCUCCAUACGUCAGGAAGACCGCUGCUCACGCAAUUCCCAAACUCUACAGUUUGGAUCCAGAACAGAAGGACCAGUUGAUUGAAGUCAUAGAGAAACUCCUCGCUGACAAAACCACGUUGGUGGCGGGAAGCGUCGUCAUGGCCUUCGAGGAGGUGUGUCCGGAGCGAAUCGACCUGAUCCACAAGAACUACAGGAAGCUGUGUAACCUCCUGAUCGACGUGGAGGAGUGGGGGCAGGUCGUCAUCAUCAACAUGCUGACCCGCUACGCCAGGACCCAGUUCCUCAACCCAAACAUCAAUGAGUCUCUGCUGGAGGAGGGAGGCGGUGGGGAGAAGACCUUCUACGGCUCAGACGAAGAGGAGGACGAAGACGAGGAGGAGAAAGAGAAGAAAGCGGAGGCUGCCGUCAUGGCCAAGAGGAAGCCGUAUGUGAUGGAUCCAGAUCACCGGCUGCUGCUGAGGAACACGAAGCCGCUUCUGCAGAGCCGCAACGCAGCUGUGGUGAUGGCUGUAGCUCAGCUGUAUUUCCAUCUCGCCCCUAAAGCAGAGGUUGGCGUGAUCGCCAAAGCCCUGGUCCGUCUCCUGAGGAGCCACAGUGAAGUCCAGUAUGUUGUUCUGCAGAACGUGGCAACAAUGACGAUCAAGAGAAGGGGGAUGUUUGAGCCGUACUUGAAGAGUUUCUACAUCCGCUCCACAGACCCGACCCAGAUCAAAGUCCUCAAGUUGGAGGUUCUCACCAAUUUGGCCAACGAGACAAACAUUUCCACCAUCCUCAGAGAGUUUCAGACAUACAUUAAAAGCAUGGAUAAAGACUUUGUGGCUGCUACAAUCCAAGCCAUAGGCCGCUGUGCCACCAACAUCGGAGAGGUGAGGGACACGUGUCUGAACGGCCUGGUGCAGCUGCUGUCCAACAGAGAUGAGCUGGUUGUAGCCGAGUCUGUGGUUGUCAUCAAGAAGUUGCUGCAGAUGCAACCGGAGAAGCACAGUGAUAUCAUAAAGCACAUGGCAAAACUGACAGAUAACAUCCAGGUGCCGAUGGCACGUGCCAGUAUCUUGUGGCUGAUUGGAGAGUACUGUGAGCAUGUACCUAAGAUUGCCCCGGAUGUCCUGAGGAAGAUGGCCAAGUCUUUCACUAAUGAGGAGGACAUCGUCAAGCUACAAAUCAUCAAUUUGGCUGCCAAGCUGUAUCUCACCAACUCUAAACAGACCAAACUGUUGACGCAGUAUGUUCUCAACUUGGCCAAGUAUGACCAGAACUAUGACAUCCGUGAUCGGGCGCGCUUUAUUCGCCAGCUCAUCGUGCCCACAGAGAAGAGUGGGGCUCUUAGCAAGUACGCUAAGAAACUUUUCCUUGCCUUGAAACCUGCACCAGUCCUCGAGUCUCCAUUUAAAGAUCGAGACCACUUCCAGUUGGGUUCAUUGUCCCACCUGCUAAAUGCCAAGGCUGGGGGCUACCAGGAGUUGCCCGACUGGCCCGAAGCCGCCCCAGAUCCCUCCGUGCGCAACGUGGAGGUGAAGGAGUCUGUGCCCGAAUGGACCAAAUGCAGCAGCCGAGAGAAGAGGAAGGAGAAGAAAGUGGAGAAGCCGUUCUACUCGGACUCGGAGGGAGAGUCUGGGCCGACGGAGUCAGCCGAUAGUGAGUCGGACUCUGCCAGCGGCUCGGAGAGCGCCAGUGGCAGCGAGGAGAGCGGGUCGGGAUCAGAGAGCGAGGAGAGUGAGGAAGGCUCUGAGUCUGAGGAAGAGGAAGAGGAGGAAGAAGAGGAGAAAGACAAGAAGAAGAAAAAGAAAGAAAUAAAGAAGCCAGUGCAAGAAAGUGAAAGCGAGCAAAGCAGUGAGGAAGAAGAGAGGAAGCACGAGAGGAAGAGUAAACCACGUAAGAGCGACUCAGAGUCUGAAUCUGACGAGGAGGAGGAGAGUGAGUCCGAAAGCAGCCAGUCAGAGUCUGAAGACUCUGAAUCUGAGGCAGAGGUCAAAAAGAAAAAGAAGGCAGCUGAAUCUAAACCUCCCUCCAAGCCUGUCAAGACAGAGAGCAAGAAGGAGAAGAAAGAGAUGUCUCUACUCGACCUCGACGACUUUGAACCUGCUCCCUCUCCUCAAGUCACUCCCGUCAACACCUUCCUGUCCAACAGCCUCGUGACCGACCUGGAGGGUUUGUCUUUGUCCGACAGUGUCCUCUCCCCGGCUGCCAUCGCUCCCUCCAGUGCGUUGAAGAACUACGAGCUGCUGCACCGGAUCACGGGGGAGGGUCUGUCGGUGGAGUACUGCUUCAGCCGGCAGCCGUUCAGCCCCGACGGGAACAUGGUGGCGGUGCAGAUGCAGUUCACCAACAACGCCACGUCCGACACCAAAAACCUGCACAUGGAGGACGUGAAGCUGCAGUCUGGGAUGAGGGUCAAGGAAUUCCCAGAGAUCGAGCUGCUGCCAGCUGGUGAGACGGCCACAGCUGUGAUGGGCAUCGAUUUCUGUGACUCAACACAAGCAGCAAACUUCCAGCUGUGCACCCACACCAGGAAAUUCUUCGUAUCGAUCCAGCCGCCGGUCGGGGAGCUGAUGAGGCCCGUCUUCCUGACAGAGAAUGAGUUUAAGAAGGAGCAAGGUCAGCUGAUGGGUAUGAAUGAAAUCACAGAGAGGCUGACUCUGGACGUGAAGUGCCGGAACGAACACGCCAUCGUCCAGAGGGUGACCACGGCCGCCAACCUCAGCAGAGUCCCCUGUGGCUCAGAUAAAGAAUGCAGGUUCGCUGGCAAGACGGUGACCAGCGGCAGCCUGGUGUUGGUCACCGUGGCGACCAAAGAGGAAGGAGCCGCCCAGCUGACGGUCAACUGCGAGAAAAUGGUGAUCGGCACCAUGCUGGUGAAAGACAUCCUCCUAGCUUUGACACAGUGACCUGUGUGUCUGCGCUCGACCUUCGCCCUCUGCCCCACCUCGCUCCGCCCACCUGCCUCUCACGUCGUCCAAGACUCGUCACACGUGUAGCAUCUCCUCCAUUCUCCUGUAAGCAGUGUCAAUGAGGACGUUUCCAGAAUGUUUAAGUCCAGAUUGUUUUGUUAAAGAGCCCCUGACUUUUAGAAAUUACUCCUAGAAACAGCAAAUGCCACAGCUGUAUGCGAGCUUCAUGACAAUCAGAUGUGACUGAUCCCUCAUUCCCUUCUAAAGUUUCUUACAUUUUAUUAUUUAAAAAUACAUAUUUUGCAACACAUUUUCCUUCCUUGAGGACACAAUAAGUAAUUAACACAUAGAUGUGUGUGCAUCUUUUAAAAUUUACUUUAGAUGAAAAAUAACUCCCAUCCAAAUGCAUCUGAGAGUUUAAUAUUGGUCAGAAUUUGCUGGAUUGUUAGAGAAGUUUAAAAAAUGAUCCAGUUUCACCCAUAAAAAUGAGUUUUCCUUCACUACGACCAGAGUUUUUGGUGUAAUUAUUUAGAAACAAGCCGGCCAUGUAAGUUUUUAUUAUUCUUCGACAAGUGGACGCACAAAAUCUAUCACACCAGAUUUCAUUUUUAUCUUGUUAGUUUCCAGCUGUCAGGGUAUUUUAAGAUGUAGAUAUUAUAGGUAAGAGAAGAUAAACUGUAGGUACAACUUCCCCAACAACAGGUCACCAGGACAAACACACACUCUGCUUAAUCAGUACUCAUCCAGUCAUUACUUGAAUGUAGCAUGAAGGCUCGACUGAGACAACUACCUAUAACUGAAUCCAUUUUGGUACAAUAAAUGUAGUCACUGCACUUCUGGGAACAAAGAAAGAUUUUCAUGUCAGACUCUGCGACUUUAGCGUUUGCCUACAGUAGCUGUCAUAGUGCACAUGUUCAUUACAGUAAGUGGGGCAUUUAUAAAAACUGAAGAUGUAUAAAUGUUAUUGUAUGUACUGCGACAUGUAAUACAGUACUGCUAUAAGGUGUGGUGUGUGAGAGUGUGUAUGAGUGUGUGUGUUUGUGGGCAUGAUGAUACUGAAUAUUGACCUGGCAAACACUGACCAGCUGUUUUCAAACAUGACUCGUAACACUUGGCUUGAAAUCAUCAUGAAGCACAUUAUAAUCAUCAGUCCAAAAAAUCAUGUUGAUUCUUUACAAUAUCUAGGAAUAAUCAAAAAUAAUUUCCCCAUGUUUCAUUUAUUUAUACAUUUAUUACCUGACAAACCAAAACUAAUCUUUUUAUCAGUUUCUCAGAAAUUACAGAGGAGAUGUAGGUUGUAGAAAACCUUAAAAAUGACAGAAAUUCACUCAACAAAAGUGGCUCGUGAUUCAGUCAGUGCUUAUUUUCAUUAUCAGAUUAACUGCUGAUUGUUUUAUUGAGUAAGUGAUACAUCGUUUGGUCCUAAAAUGUCACAAAAUAGUUUACAAAAAAAGAAAGAAAGAAAAAAAAAGCUUACAGAGCUCAAGAUGACAUUUUCAAGAUGUCUUAUUUCAUCUAAAAUCCAAAGAUAGUCACUGUAAUACUACUGAAAACUAGGAGAGCACUCAGAGAGCGUCAACAACGUACACCAGACUUCAGAGAAAAAAAGAUGCUAAUUUAUAGUAAAUGAAUCUGAUCUGCCCCAAACUUUGAUGGGUUCUUCUCUGGCUCAUGUCCCGUCUCUCCACCAAGUUUGGUGAAAUCGGUUCAGCAUUUUUUGUAUAAACUGCUGACAAAUAAACAGCGAUUCACUAUUAAUCCUUUUCCUUCAGGGCAAACAUUAAGGGAUUUUUAAAGGAAUAGUUUCACAUUUUAGGAAAUACACUCACUCCUUCACCACUAAAACACAAUUUCCCAGUUGUCACUAUGAAGAGAUAGUCAGUUAAUUAAAAUGCCUUUAGAUUAUGUUUGAAUAUGUGCUCAUGAUAAUGUCAAACAUUUUGAGUGUUACCUCGAUCUCAUUUGUCAGGUGAUGCUGUUUUCAUGCCUUUCAUUACGUUUUGAUUUCAGGUCAGAGGUCAUUUGGCUUCUUUCUCUUUUUGUUGUGGACCCUCAGGUGUCCAGUUGCUGCACAUUCUUUCUUAUCUUUUUUUUAUUUCUUGUUUCUCUACUGUUGUGUUUUACCAAACGAAUACAGCACAGCAGAUCAUUAAGUCUUGUUAUAGAAAACUGAGCAGCAGUGGUGGAUGGUUUUAUUUUGGCCUUUUUUUUUGUACCUGUUGUUGUUUUACCAUUCAACCACUCAGACCUGAAAUUUCCAGUUGCUG